AUGGAGGACGAGAAGUGUGUUGAUGACCACAUACCUCCGUUAGAAGGAAACAGGGUACUCAGAGCACAUAAACCUUCCAAUGAACUCCUGAAAGUAUCAGAUGAAGACUCUCAUCUGUUGGACUCCAUGGGGAACAUUAAGUCCUACAAACGCCGGUGGUAUGUUCUGAUGGUGUUCUCGUAUGCCGCUCUUCUUCAGGCUGGGGUGUGGAACACUUUCGGACCUAUUGCUCAGUCAGCUAAGGCUGUGUUCGGGUGGACGGAUGCCAAUAUAGGCAUGCUGAACAACUGGGGGAAUAUUAUGUACGUUGUGUUCAUGUUUCCAGUGGCCUGGUUGAUGGAUGUCAAAGAGGCUUACCUGGGUCAAGUACACAACGAUGACGACAGUCACAGGCCAGAGAUGGGCCAAGUAUCAGAUGAAGACUCUCAUCUGUUGGAUUCCACGAGGAACAUUAAGUCCUACAAGCACCGGUGGUAUGUUCUGGUGGUGUUCUCAUUUGCUGCCCUUCUUCAGGCUGGGGUGUGGAACACUUUCGGACCUAUUGCUCAGUCAGCUAAGGCUGUGUUCGGGUGGACGGAUGCCAAUAUAGGCAUGCUGAACAACUGGACAAAUAUUGUGUACAUUAUCUUCAUGUUUCCAGUGGCCUGGUUGAUGGAUGUCAAAGGACUGCGGAUAUCAAUGCUGUUGUGCGCUGCGCUGAUGGUGUUCCUCACUGCCAUAAGAUGCAUCACGAGUGAAGCAGUACCAGCGACAUGGUUGAUAAACAUCUCAGCUAUUGUGAAUGGUGUGGUUGGCACUGUGCCAUUCGGCGGCCCCGCCCUCCUCUCCGCCACGUGGUUUCCCCCCAAACAGAGGGCCACUGCUACAGCCGUGUCAACUGUGUUCAGCUACCUCGGCCUCUCUGUCGGCUUCAUCAUUGAAUGUGCAGCUUGUGUGCUGCUGCUGCUCCUGGUGGUGGUGUAUUUCCCCGCCAAGCCCCCCUCUCCCCCCAGCCUCACAGCGUCCAUAGAGAGGACAAGCUACCUACAGGGGCUCAAGGGACUAUUCACGCAUAAACGCUUCUUGGUGAUCCUGGUGGCCUUCAGUGUCCCGACGGGAGUUUUUUUGGUGUUUGGAGCUGUACUGGAUGUGGUGCUUGACGGUAUCGGAAUAACGCAGUACCAUGCUGGUUGGAUGGGCUUUUAUACCACGACAGGUGGUUGUGUAGCGGCACUACUGAUGUCCAGGAUAUCUGAUCUGUUUCUGCGUCGCAUGAAGAUGCUGCUGUUGGUCCUGUUUAUCUUAGCAACAACUGCCACAGCCUGGUUUGUUAUGCUGCGCUUGUCCUUCAUCCCCUUCAGUAUGGUGUCGCUGUACGUGUCCUGCAUCCUGAUGGGAGUCUUCAUCAAUGGUUCUAUCCCGCUGUUCUACGAGCUUGGGUGUGAGGCUUCGUACCCUAUUGCCGAGGGAGUCACGGUCGGUGUUCUCACAUUUGCCAACAACCUGACUGGUGUCAUCUUUCUAUCUGUGCUGCAGAUCCCGAGAAUAGGUGUUGCAUGGAUGACCUGGUGCAUCCUGGGUUCUGUAGCAGCUGCAGUACCCCUACUCCUGUUGUUCACAGAGAAGUACACCCGGACUGACAUCGACACGCAGAAGACCAUUGCUUCAGAGCCAGAAAAGGGUGGUUCUGCUUCGAUCAAUACAAACAAGAAACUUGGUUGA